AUUAGCGCUCUGACCAUGGGUCAAGCCAUUCACAUUUCCGCCUGUAGUGGCCCUGGGGACAUAAAGGUCAAGGCCUGCAGCGCACCAUUGACCAAAUUCAACGGAUGCCACCAGCCACCAGCGGCGGCGGAUCGAUUGAAGACCAUUGCCCCUGCUGUCAAGCAAUGCCACUGUGGGCCAGGGUACAAAACUCCUAUGGACGCAGUCAAGAAUGGGCCUAGAGAAAAGAUCGUUUACCUCCCCUGCAUACAACCACCUCACACCAAAAAGUUCAAGCCGGACUAUUUGGCCACUGUAGAUGUGGACCCGGAUUCCCCAACUUAUUCUAAGGUGAUACACCGCCUCCUGAUGCCUUACCUGGAGGAUGAGCUGCACCACUCUGGCUGGAAUGCCUGCUCCAGUUGCUAUGACGACCCAUCCAAGGCCCGCAACCGCUUGAUUCUUCCAGGUCUGAACAGUGACAGGAUAUACGUCAUCGAUGUAGGAACUGAUCCCAGGGAGCCCAGAUUUCAUAAGAUCAUCGAGCCAGGUGACGUCCACAAGAUGACAGGUCUUGGCGCCCUGCACACGUCACAUUGUCUGGCCUCCGGUGAGAUCAUGAUCAGUGGAAUCGGGGACGCCAAAGGAGACAAAUCCAAAAGUGGGUUUGUGUUGUUGGAUGGAGAAGAUUUCAGUCUGAAGGGCAACUGGGAAAGGAGCCAUAUCACCAUUGGCUACGACUUCUGGUACCAGCCCAGACAUAACGUGAUGGUCAGCACGGAGUGGGGAAUGCCCAACGCCUGGAGGAAAGGCUUCAAACCAGAAGAAUACGCCCAAGGUCUGUACGGACACAGUAUCCACGUCUGGGACUGGACUACACACGAGAAGCUUCAAACCUUAGACUUUGGAGAUGACGGCGCCAUUCCUCUGGAAGUCAAGUUCCUGCACGACCCUGACGCCACCAUGGGUUACGUCGGCUGCGCCCUCGGCUCCACAGUCUACCUUUUUUAUAAAACACCGAAGGGCGAUUGGGACUUUCAAAAAGUCAUUCAGGUUCCGUCCAAGAAAGUGGAAGGUUGGGCUCUACCGGAAAUGCCAAGUUUGAUUUCUGCCAUAGUUGUCUCCCUUGAUGACAGAUUUCUGUACCUCAGUAACUGGCUGCAUGGUGAUAUGAGACAGUAUGACAUCACUGACAGACGAAACCCGAAACUUGUUGGGCAGGUCUUCAUAGCUGGAAGUAUUCUAUCAGACAGUGCAGUCAAAGUGACGAAAGAUGAAGAACUUGAGAGUCAGCCAGAGCCAAGAUAUAUAAAUGGUAAGCGGUUGGAAGGAUCCCCGCAGAUGUUUCAAGUGAGCCUGGACGGAAAGAGAAUCUACGUCACCAACUCUCUGAUGAGCGCGUGGGACCAGCAGUUCUAUCCGGAAAUGUGCAAGAAAGGUAGCUGGAUGUUACAGAUAGAUGUGGACACGGAGAAAGGAGGCCUGACCCUCAACGACAAGUUCUUUGUAGAUUUCGGUGCGGAGCCUUUUGGUCCUGUACUGGCGCAUGAAAUCCGAUACCCAGGUGGAGACUGCACCUCAGAUAUUUGGAUCUAAAGCAGGGGUUCUCAACCUGUGGAUCGCGACCCCCCUUGGGGGUUGAUUGACGAUUUGCCAGGGGACGCUAAAUGGAUUAUUUUGUCUAUUCUCCUAUUGCUGUGUAUGUGAGCAAAAAAAGGGGGGGGGGUCCCGGCAGACUUUGGGACUGUAAAAAGGGGUCGCCGAGCUUAAAAGGUUGAGAACCGCUGAAUUCUAAAGCUUUGCCUUUAGCGGGACAGAAACAAAAAAAUGAACAUGUUGGCAGCACUAUGAGUUGAUUGUAAAAUUUAGCAUCCUGAUCUGAUUCUUAUUGAGCUGCGCUAAUAAUUAAUUUAUAAGAAUUUUCACAUUAAAAGUUAAUAAUAGAAAUCCA